UUAGUCUUUCAGGUUUUGUUGUAAUUAAAUAAAGUAACUGUAAAACACCAUGUCAAAGGUGUUGAUGAUUCGACAUUUACCAACAGAAUUAUCAAUUCAAGAUAAAGAGCAACUAUUAAAGCAUUUUGGUGCCGAAAAAGUGUGGGAAACAACCAAAAAACGGAACUAUGUGUUUGCUUCUUUCCCUUCGGUGGAGACAGCUAAAGCUUCGCUAAUACGUCUUCAUCAGCUUGAAAUAGCACAAAGGAGGUUAGUUGUGGAAUAUUCUUUAGAAAAGGAACCCAUAACACACGAUAAAAAUGACAUCGAAAGAAGUUCGUCAACUACAAAGCAAGUAAAGGAAUUUCUGAGGCUACUUAACGCCUGGAAUCCCUCUGUAGACUUUUACCAACCUCCGCCUGCGCAUCUAAAGUACAAGUAUCCAGAUCCAGACCCAAACAUCAUUAUUAACAUCAUUAAAGCAUUGCUCUCCCACAAACCUUUUUAUGUCCAAGCAUUGCAUCUUAUGAACAAAAUGUCUUUGGAUACACCAUUUCGAGUCGAUGAAAAUGCGGUGCUUAGCUUUAAGGAAAUGUUUAGAUACUUGUUUCUUGACGAAAUUGCUGCAAUCCCAACACCAGAUAGUGAAGAAGAGUCUGAAAUGUCAAGUGAUGGUGAGAGGGAGAAACAACUUUUACCGAAAUCUGUGAAAAGGCUACAUACUCUUCCUGUCACCCGGAAACGUCCAGCAGCUAUAAUAUCCACUGCCAAGCUGCCCAAAGUGAAGAGAGUACCUGUGAACCAACAGGAGGUAUUUGAGAAUGCCCCCAGCAUCCAGGAACCCAAGAAAAUUGCUUUAGUAGUUCACCAGGAUGCUUUACAAAAGCAAGCUCAAGAAGUGCAAGUUGUAAGCGAGUUUGGGAAAUUCCAGAAAGAGGAAUUGCCCGCCCCUGCUGAAGAAACUCCGUCAUCAGAAUCUGAACAGCCUAGUAUAUCAAGAAAAGAAUUGUUAGAUAAUAGACUAUCCCACAGUGAUAUGAAGAUGUUGCCUGUUUUCAAAAACUAUCACCCUGGUGAGCCAUCAAUGAGACUGUAUAUCAAAAAUCUGGCUAAGUCUGUCACCGAACAAGAUGUGAAGAGAAUAUACAGGCACUAUGUGGAGAGGCUCAGUGAAGAAGAGUUGGUUGGGUUUGAUGUGAGGGUGAUGCAAGAAGGGAAGAUGAAAGGACAGGCGUUUGUUACAUUUCCAUCUCAGCAUUUAGCUGAAACAGCGCUUCAUGAAACAAAUGGAUUUUUAUUAAAAGAAAAACCAAUGGUUGUGCAAUUUGCUAGAGCUGCUAAUAAAAAGACUGUUUCCUAAUUAUUGUUUUUCAUUUCGUCUAAAGUCACUGUUUUUA